AGGCUCCUGCAAAACACAACGAAAGCCAGCCGGUCACAUGCGGCUGUGCGGACCCCGGCGGGCGGGGAGGGCAGGCGGGGAGGGGCGGUGGUCCCUCGGCCCCCGGGAUCACGCGUUACCUCCAUGGCCACCCGCUGCCCGCACUUCCGCCCGCCGCCUCCCACGGAGCCCCGCCGCGGGUCAAAGGUCGCGCUUCUCCGCCGGCCCCGCCCCCGCGUCUCCAAGGCCGCGGCCCGGCGGCGCUUCCGCUUCCGCCUCGGGAGGUGGCUCCCCGCGCGCUCCGCCUCGCCCCCGGGCCGGCCCGCGAUGGGGCGGGGCGUGGAGGGGCGGGCCCGUGGGCGGGGCCCGGCGCGCCACCAGGGCAGUGGGGGGCCCGGCCCCUCCUGGGAGGGUCGGGCGUUGUGGGACCGCGCGCGCUCAGGCGGCCGCCCUAGUCUCCUGUCCCCUCACCUGUCCCCUUAGCUGUCCCAUCUCCUGUUCCCUCUCCUGUCCCUCACCUGUCCUAUCUCCUGUCCUCCUGUGCCCUCAGCUGUCCCCUCAGCCCCCCUCAGUUCCCCCAGAGGCCCUUAGCCUCGGAACGGGCGCGUGGCUGUGCCCUGCGGCUGCAGGAGGCCGAGGGGACGAGGCGCAGCUGUUCCUGAGGCGAGUGGGUGACCGCAGAGCGGGAGCGCUGUCCCGCCUGGCAGCCUGGACGCCGGCCCUCCUCCUGGACGGAUACCGGACAGGUCACAAAACUGAAAGAAAGAAGAAGCGCGAGGACAGGCAGUGGAGUAGCUCCGGGAGCCAUACCUGGAAGACAGCCUCUCCUCAGGGCACUUCUCUCAAGGUGUUCCUGUGAGGCGUUCCUGGGUGAGACUAACAUUUGAGCUGGUAAUCAGAGUGAAGCAGAUUGCCCUCUGUCAUCAGGGUGGACCUCAUCCAAUCAGUUGAAGGCCUGACUGGAACAAAAGACUGACACGCCCCAAGUAAGAAAAAUUCUCCUGCCUGAGAGCUUCAAACCAGGACAUCAGCUCUGCAGCUUUUGGGCUUGUUAGCCUCUGUAACAGAGUGAGCCAGUUCUUCUGUAUAUACAUAGGUUCUAUUUCUCUGGAGAACCUGACUAAUACAGAUUUUGGUGCCAAGAGUGGUUCUAGAGGAACAGAGUCUUGAGGAUGAAUUUUCUGAAUUAGCUUUGGGGGUUUCUGGAAUUGGUUCUCUAAUCUGAUUAGAUGUAAAGACACUAGUGAUUCUAUUUCCAGUAGUGAAGAGAGCACUUUAGACCAUGGCAUGUACUGUCAAUAAACCAGUAGAGAAGUGCAAAAUAUCACCAUUGUGUAUGUCUAAUGAACACUUGUAGGAAGCAAAGAUCUGAGUGACCAUGUGUACAGCACGUCCUAACAUCUUUGUCAGCCUGAUGUGUACCCUGUGAUUGGCUGGUUGCUCCCAGUGUCCCUGGACACCAGGCUGAGUACACUGGACCAUGUCCACCACGGAAGGGGCAGCGUUUUGUCCGCAGUGGAAGAGACACGGACUGGUGCGAUCUGCCUUCUCUGUGUGCAGUGCUGCUGCCAGAACUACCAGAGGGGUUAGUCCGAAGGGAGGGACGCUUUCUCCAGAAGACUCAAAAAUGCCUCCAUUGAACUGGAAGUUAAGACUUACCGGCCACGCCGGGCUCCUUGCACCUCAGAAUCAAGAGGCAGAGAAGGGAGGUCCUGUCCUGACCUCCAGGGGGAUUUGGGCUGUGUCUGCAUCCACACGGGAGGUGAGGACCAGCGAGUCUGGAUCACGGAGACCCCCGUGGGGCGUCUCGGUGUCACCACGCCCUGUGCUCAAGGUCAGCGGGAACCGACAAGAACCCCAGCCAGGCAGGAUGGCUGACGGCCCAGACCCUUCAGGAAUGGAGGCCUCAGUCACCACCAGGUCAGAAGCACGGCAGCCGAGCUGCUUGCUGAGGGCGAAGGGGAGACGGAGCGGGUAGGGGGAGAAGGUGGUUAUAGAAACCCGCCGUGACCAGUUGCAGAGACAAGGGUUGUAAUCAUCAUGACGAUUUCCUUCUUGCUUUGUUAUAAGUGUGUAUUUAUACACAAAUAUCUCUAUUUCCUUCCCUCUUGUAUCCACUUUUCAUCUAACAUACCAUGUAUUGGCUUUCCAUCAUUUUAUUUAAGUAUUAGUUUUACCUCAUAACAUCAGAGUAUUUGAGUUGUGGGAGAUCAAGGAGAAGAAUGCCCAGGAAAGUCGUGCCUUCAUGAACAGCAGGUGGAAAUCAGGGGCAGUAGAUGGUGUGUGAGGAUGGGGUGGGGACCAGGAGGGGACGGACUCCGGCUCUACCAUCUCCAAGACUGAGGGGCUGGAGGUACCACAUGUGAGAACACCUCCCCAGAAGCUGCAAACACAACAGUGCUGGAGAAGGUUGGGUGUGGGAGCAGAUCACACAGAGGCGCCAUCCGGAGUUUUGGAGAGAGGGGAGUGUACGUUCCUGUUGAAUUCCAGGUCCACAGGCUGCAGCUUGGAAGAAGCUGAGACAGGUUGGCAGCCUGUGGUCUUCAAUCUCCUUCUGACAAUGAAGCCCAGUCUCUCAAUAAGAAAUGUAUUAAUCAACUAUACUCUAAUAUAAAAUAAAAAGUUAAAAAAGAAUAAACGUUUGGUGGAAUUCACCAGUGGGGGAAAAAAGCCCGCAAAACGCCCUUGGACUAGUCAGCAGAGCUGUAACCUGCUCUCACGGUUUGCAGGAGAAGCAGAGUCAGAUCCUGGGCACCCGAGACUCCCAGCCCUGCUGAUGGCCGACACUUACAACAAUUUCCAGAAACAACGCUGACAUCCAAGGGCUUUCAUCGUAAAUCGACAGGCUUCCAGUGUGAAGCUUUGUGUUCAGAUUGCUUCACGAUUUCGAAGUAUUUUUUUUCCGUUUUAGAUCAACGUGGAGGUAACUGCACACCAGCCUGAACGCCCCAAGGCUGUUUGUUAAGGAAAAUCUUUGGAAAUCAAAACAUCCUGCUGGGGGUUAACGGGCCAGGCAAACCUCAUUGUGAAUUCUCCUAGUGUGCAGGCAUUAAGAUACACCCACGCGACCCAAUACGCUGGAAAGCAGUGACACAUCCCCUCCCCCAUCUGUCCCUCUAUCGCAGUGAAAGGUUUCAUAAAAUUCAAUGUCAGGUGGAGAAGUAUAAGUGUUUUCAUAUUUUCAGCUUUCUUUCAGAAACUAGGAUCUAUUUAAUACAUUCAGAAAAUAAAGCAAUAUUUCGUCCUUUA